AGGAUAUACACUGGCCAAGCUUUCAGGCAUUCUGAUGAGUGGCACUGUUGAUUCUUUGACAAUAUCGCUCGGAUAGUAUAGCAGCCACUCAUGAGUACUUGCGAUGUGGUUAAGAGAGGCUCUCAGCCUCGUUCGGGCUUCCACACGUCAUCUCAUGCCCGCAUUAGGCACCCCGCUAGUUUGUACCUCAUGCGACUGGUGAGGCCAGUGUCUCGACUUUUGGUAUAUAAGCACGUCGACUUGAGUGCACUGGGGCUUCUAUAGCACAACUAUCAUUCCCUUCUUUCUUACACUAUGCGUCUUUCAUCGCGAGGCUUCCUCCUCCACGCUCUCGGAACAGCUGCCGCACAGAAUCUAUCCCCCUCAGACGCCUGUCCCCUCCUUGGUCCAGCCCUCUACAAAGACUUCGAUCUUAUCAACUCCACAGUCUUCAAAAACGCCACAGCCAUCUUCCCUAGCGUGAUCGAGGCCCUCUUCAACUCUACCGCCGUCAACCCCUCCACCUCCUCCUUCGUAGUAGACGUCUACUCCACCUAUACCAACGAAUCACUCUACACCUACACCCACCGCGCCACAGCACCGACACGCAACGAAUCUUUCCCGGCUGAGAUAAACGAUGAGACCAUUUUCCGCGUCGGCAGUGUCUCGAAAUUGUACACCGUAUACGCGAUUCUCGCGCACGCCAAAAACCUUGAUGUUUUCGACCUGCCCGUCACAAAUUUCCUUCCCGAACUGGCAGGCAAUGACUCAGGAAACUUGACACAUCCCACUAUCGUCUGGGAACACGUCACUCUCGGCGCCCUUGCCUCGCACCAAGCAGGCGUAGGUGGCUUUCCGAACGUCUCCGUUGCGUGCGACCCAGCGUCUUCAGAUGAAGCAAGCCGCUGCUCGAUCCCGCUAUUUAUCGAACAGAUGAAGGAGGGCAAGCGCCCUACGCAGCCGGUUUUUGCGUCGGCACAGUAUUCAGAUGGUGGGUUUGGUGUGCUGGGGAGAGUGUUGGAGAGGAUGACGAAUUUGACGUACCACGAGGCAGUGCAGGAGCUACUUGCAAAGCCAUUGGGCUUGCAAGGAACGGGGACUCUGGUACCGAAGGAUGAGGGUGUGAAUGCCAUCGCCUUGAAUGUGGGAAUGCCGAAUUCGAGCUGGGGGUGGGAUAACCAGGUCAUUGCGCCGUCUGGCGGGAUAUAUUCCAGUGCUGCCGACUUCCGUGCCACGGGUCUUUCGAUCCUACACUCGCAACUCCUCAGCCCAGAAGUUACAGGCGCCUGGAUGAAACCGCACGCACACACUUCAUCCCUCCUUUCGAGCGUCGGUGCGCCCUGGGAAAUUAACCGUCUCACGCUACCCAUCACGCUGGGAAGUAAGAAGACCCGCGUGUCAGAUCUGUACACCAAAGCUGGCGGCCAGCCGGGGUACACAGCGCUCUUCAUGCUGUCUCCCGAUCACGGGCUCGGCAUUUCUGUCCUCAUAGCUGGUGAAUCCGCGCUUGGCGAUCGCUGGCCGCUGCGUGCUGCUGCUGCGGAAGUGUUUGUCGCUGCUGCCGAACACGCGGAGAAGGUUUAUGCAGAGGAGAAUUUCACUGGUUUGUUUGUCGACCCUACGGAUGACUCGUCAAAUGCGACGCUCGUCAGCCGCGCGGAUGAGCCCGGACUAACAGUUGAUAUGCUAUUCGGUGCGGGUGUGGACUUGAAGCCCAGCCCACUGGGUUUGUCGCCAGGAGUUGAUGUACUAUUCCAGAUUUAUCCAACGGGGAUUGAGUUCCCUUCUGAUGGAAUGAGUAAGUCGCUGCAGUACAGAGGCGUGGUCUGGCCGUUGCCGGUGGCGAAGCGCACGGGGCUGUUUGAUGAUCAGUGUAUCUCUUGGUUGAGUGUUGCGGGUGUCGAAGAUGCGCAGCGGCAGUAUAACGAUGAGCUCAUCUUGACUGUCAAAGAUGGCAGGCUACAGUCCAUCUAUAUUCCUAUUCUUGCAAAGAGCUUGAUCCGGGUUUAAUUAGGGGAGAAUCAGAGAAGUGUUCGAGUGUACUGAGUCGAAAUCUAAUGGCCUCCAAUCCUCCCCUCCAGCUUCGAUUUCUUAUCAGCUACACCAACUGAAGAAAGGGACCGUGUCAAGACUGGUGAAUCGUGUAUGGAGGCCCAGUAUAUGUU